AGUAAAGUACACUUGACUUUAAUAAAAUGUCGUUUAAUUUAAUUAAAAUUUGGUUGGUAAUUAGUAGAAUGAACUAUUACUAAGAAACUUUUAUAUGUUAUUUUAUGAAUUUAUAGUAAAUUCUAAAUAAUCAACUAUUUAUAAAAAAUGGAACAGUGGAAAGGUUGUAAUGCGAUUGUUACGGGCGCAGCAUCUGGUAUAGGAGCUGCUACAACAAUUAAGCUAAUAAAAAAUGGAAUUAAUGUUAUUGCCUUAGAUUUGAAUCUGGAAAAACUGAAGGAAUUGGAGUGUUUCAUAAAAAGCAAUUUAGAUAUUCAAAAAUAUGGAAUUAUACAUUCUAAAAAAUGUGAUAUAACAGACGAGUUAGCUGUAAAAAACAUUUUUUCAUGGAUUGAUUCCACACUUGGAGGAGUCAGUAUAUUGAUUAAUAACGCUGGAAUAAUAAUGCAAACAUCAUUAUUGGAUGGAAAAUUAAGUGACUGGGAAUUAUUUAUGAAGAUUAAUGUCUUGGCGCAAUGUGUAUGUUCAAGGGAAGCAUUCCAAUCGAUGUCAAAAAAUAAUACAAAUGGACAUAUUGUUCAAAUAAAUAGUAUAACUGGCCAUAAUAUCACACCAUACUUUGGGCAUAAAAUGUACAACGCAACAAAGAGAGCAAUUACAACUCUAUGUGAGGGUUUACGUCAUGAAAUUAAUCUUGUCAAUUCAAAAAUUAAAAUAUCAAGCAUAAGUCCUGGUAGUGUAAAUACUGAUCUAUUCAAAACAGCAAAUUUCAAACCAUCAGACCAAAUAAAAAAUAAAGUACCUAUUCAGCCAUUAGAUCCAAAAGAUAUAGCCGAUGCUAUAAUAACAGUACUUUCAACUUCUCCAAAUGUCCAAAUUGCAGAGUUGAUUAUUAUUCCCACAGGAUCUACAAUCCAGCCUCAUUGUGCUCCAUCAUUGAAUAAAGAAUUAUAAGAACUUUAAAAUAAAAAUAGUCAAAUCUUGUUAUAUCAUAUAUGUUAGUAAAAAAAACAUUAUUUUUAUUAAUUAAUGUAAUAUUGUAAAAAGUUAAAUACUUGAUUGAAUUAUAUCAGGAACAUCAAGAAUUAGCCAUAAUGAACCUAAAUUAUAAUAAAUUGCAGAUGCAUCAAAUUAAUUUUUAACUCUAACAUAGUUUAUGUAAAUGUUAAAAUAUUCAACAUGUAUUUUAUAUCUAAUUUAAUUCAAUAGAUGUAUUUGUUUAUGAA